AGGGAGAAGCAUCUAGCAGUCCCUAUGGCCAACUUGACAAGGAACAAUGAAGAUAGACUCUGGACGUCCAUUUCAUGGGUGCAAGGCUGCUAGAUUUUGCAAUUCUUAGACCAUACUUGCAACAUCCUGCCAUCAGUCAUGACCCAGCAACAGUGACGUCUAAAGGACUGCAAUCAAUUCUUGCUGGUUUUGAACUAAUCCCAAGAGUAAGGAGUUUGAGAAGCUUGACAAAUUCCAUAUGGAACAAAUGGAAGAAGAGGUUACUGCAAGAAAUGCCCAUACAUCAACAGAAAGUUGGUAGUUUGGAAUGUUUUAUGGUAGCUAAGAGCAGUGCAGAAGAAUUUUCAAAAACUGAUAUUGUUGAAGGAAUGUAUUCUCUUAGUUUGAGAAUGCGGUACUAUUUAAGAAUUCAGGGGCAAAAGAUUUUCUAUGUCAUAUAAUUGGGACAUGUGCCACCAAAUUCCACUACAUGGCGUAGUCAUGUGCAUCAAUUUACACUUGAUGCAGAAGUAUGACUGUUACCACACCUCAAUGGCUAAUUCGAAGGACCAACCCAAAAGACUACGUGAAGGAUACUAUUAGUAUCGAAUGUAUUGGGUGUCGAAUGUAUUGGGUGCUUUCUUGUGUAGUUCAUUGACUAGCUUCCAUAGUUGAUUUCAACCAACAUUGGUAUCUUGAUCACAAGCUUCUUAGGAGAAUCUUAUAAGAUAAGGAAUGCUCUUGUUGGUGUAUUGGGAAAGUUGAUUAUGUAGGUCUUUACAAAUGUUGAGGGUAAAGUGAGUUCAAAAUCUAUUCAGCUUCAAACCAAGCAAGCCAUUUUGGAAAUAUUGCUAGAGCGAUGUCGAGAUGUUUCGGCUUAUUAUACUAGAAGUAAGGUUCUUCAAGUUUUGAGGAACUAUUUUGACAACAUUUUGUUUUAAUUUACAUGCAAAAUGAGGUUGUUGUAGUUGCAGCAAGGAGGUUGGAGGAUAAGAAUGCAAUGGUAAGAAAAUCUGCAUUGAAUUUUUGUUUCAUUAUGUUGUAGCAUAACUCUUUUGGGCCACAACUUCAUAUAGCUUUUUUUCAAGUAGCCUUAGAGCAGUAGAAGAAUUUGAGUGACCUUCAACCAAUUGAUGUAUAUGGAGUCAUGUGUUCGAAGGAAGCUAUUUUAGGUGCUUCUACUGAGAAGAACUUGAUUGGUCGCUAUACACCUUUCCAAUCAGAGCUUUGUAGAAAUUAAAUUGUAUUCUAAUGUUAAAUGAAUAUUGUAAGUAAUUUUCUUCCAGAUAUCUUUGGAAAAUAGGUUUCCAGUAGGUUUAGGUGGAGUCUCAGGUGUUCUUUAUGCUAUUAUUUCAAUUCUAUUUUCAUUCUAUCAUGUUCUAAUAUGCAUCUUUUUAUCAUGUCAAGUUUUUACACUUAUUCAUUAUAAGAUAUAAUGUGAGGGCUCCUUGCAUUUCUUUUAA